CAGUCAUAUUUGCGAAAUACUUCUAACUCAAACCAUAAUCAAUCAGCAAAGAAAUUCGAUUUCCUCUCUUUUCCUUGAAGGCGUCGAUCUAGCCUCAUCCUGGGUUCCUAGUUCCUAACUUCCUACAGAUUCAGUGAAGGUGUUUCAGCUGAUAAUUUCCAUAAAAUCGUUUGUUAGUUUGCUUUGCUCUUCGUCCGUCUAUCAGAGCAAAGCUCCUUCGCUUCAAAUCAAUUCUAAAGACAAUUCAGUUUUCUGAACUUCUGUAAGAAAAUUGAUAGACCGAAGACAUGUGCUGAAUCUAGCUUAGAGAAAGCGAUACGAUUCAACUUGGAGCUAGUGAGGAGUGUAGCGAUUGAAAUUAAUAGCACCCCGUUGAUAUUGGAAAUACAUCUGAGAAGUGGACAUGCUAGCUGACAAUUGGAAUGAUGACCAGAAGUGCAAAAUUAGAAGGCUAGAGCUCGCCGACAAAAAUAAGGGUUUUAUAGAGCUGUUACGUCAGCUGACAGUUUGUGACUCAGUUUCAGACAAGGAAUUUGAGGAUAGAUUUAAGGAGCUUGCCUCUAAGGGGGAUGACCAUGUUAUAUGUGUAGCAGAAGAUACUGAGACUGGAAAGAUUAUAGCAACAGGAAGUGUAUUUAUUGAGAAGAAAUUUGUUAGAAAUUGUGCUAAGGCUGGUCACAUUGAAGACGUGGUAGUGGAUGCUAAUGCACGAGGGAUGCAAUUGGGCAAGAAAAUUAUCGAGCUUCUAACUGAACAUGCACGAUCAAGUGGAUGUUACAAGGUUAUACUUGAUUGUUCUACCGAGAACAAAGUGUUCUAUGAGAAAUGUGGAUUUAAGCAAAAGGAAAUCCAGAUGGUCAAGUAUUUCUCUUAGUGAAAGGGUUGCAUAUGUGCAUGCAUGGUUUACAAGAAAAAUAAAAGAGCAGGCUGUUUUUGACAGAUCUUAUAAUAUUUGGUGAAACUUGAGAUUAUUUUUAAAUACCAAGUAGGAGUAUUAAUACGAUGAGUUUAUUUAUUUUGUAAUGGAACUUUAGGUAGAUAAAAUAGUCGGAGUGAAAUUGUAAUCCUUAAACUGAUCAUUUGCAAUUUUUGGAGUUUCACUUGGGAAGAAUGAGUAAAAUCCUCAUUUUGUUUGGUGA